UCUGACUUCUUCAGCCUGGCCACAUAACAUUGCUCUCCACCGCCUGGUCUGCACUUGCCUGCCCUGCGCAGCUCAGCUGGGAUGAAGGGGGCUCUCGGACCCCUCCUGCUCUCCCUCCUUCUGCUCCUCCAAGCUGGAGGUUGUCAAGAAGUAAAAGUGAAGGCUGCUGUUGGGGAGACGGUUCAGCUUCAGCCCAAGACAUGGCCGUCGUCCUGGGUGGCAAUCAACUGGAAAGUGAAACUACGUUCAGAGCACUACUGGAUCCUCAGACACGAUCAGAACGGCACCUUGACCAGUCCGUUUCUGCCUUUUGCUGGCAGAGUCUCUUUCCACCCUGGGAAUCUGUCGCUGCAGAUUAACUCAGUCACAGAGAAAGAAAGUGGCCUCUACACCAUGGACAUGAAGCUGAGGGAUGGCUCUGGAAUCACCAGUAAUUUUCAGCUGUUUGUGCUUGUUCCAGCCUCAUCGCUGUCCUACUGCCAGGCCAAGGGGCUCGUCCUGCUGCUGGUACUAGGGGUGCUGAUCACUGGGACCAUGGUAGUGCACAUCGUGGCUAGCAAGCAGGCAAAAUGGGACUGAGCAGGAUCCAGCCUACACCAGCCCUGCUCCCCUCUGGGAUGGAAAGCCUGGGAAAGGCUGCAGCACAGAGCAGAAGAGUCCAGAGAGUCUGUGGGGUGCAUUUCUGAGUGUCAGCACUGCAGGCCCACAUGCACCCCGGCACACAGGGUGUCCCCCACAGCUGCCUCUUGCCCUGCCCAGAAGGGCCAGCAGACCUCGGCACCCCAUCUUCAGGCAGGGAUCGGCUGGACUCAUGGGCCCAAAGACACAGGUAUUACAAAACAUUGCCCCAAGGCAGCUGUGGCCUCUAAGCAAAGCUUCCCUCUCUGUCCUGUUUCUGUCUCUGAACCCUGGCAGGCGCAAUGCUUCCCCCACCCUCGCAAGACCCCCAUGGGGCUGCACCACAGCCCUCAGGGCACGCUCAGCCAUCAGCAUUGCCCAUGCCAUAGUCCCUGCAUGCCAGGCUCUUCACUGGCAGGGCUAGUGCUCAAGGCCCCCCCGCCACUCCAUUUCCCUUUUGCAGCAAGCCCAACCCCAUCCACCUAUGGCAGAGGAGAGCUCCUGGCCCAUCACAUUUAAUUGCGAGAAACACAAGUCUUCACACUUGGACAAAUCCAAAAACAGGAACCAGGCAAUUUAACAAUUGUGUUGUGAUGGUCACCAUUUUCCUCCUCGUUUUGUUCAGACUUUAAUUGGCUAACCAUCAAGGAAAAAUGCUUUGAAGCUAUACAAUUACACAGCAUAAAACAAGACAAAAUUGCCAGAAAUCCACAUUGUUCCCUGUCAAGUGCAGGAUGGUGCAGACUCCUUGCCAUCUACCCCUGCACUUCUGUUCCUCCUUGGACACCUGCCCUGACCCCUGCUCCUGCUCCUCUGUCCAGGCAGACACCAGCCCUGGGGAGGCUUUACACAGGCUUGGACCCUCAGGUAGGGACCUCGCAUGGUGCUGUGUUGGGACCUAGAGGCCUUCAGGCCUGAGUUUUGACCUCUGUGAUUAUCUUAAGCUGAACACUUAGCUUGUGGUCAAGACAUGCAUCCAAUGAAAGGAGCAGAUGGAAAAAUACUGUCCCUGGCUAAAAACAAAUUGGAGAGUUGGCUAACUAAAUUGAAUAAAUAUAGCCUGAGCAAAGGAGGAACAGUGAGAGCAAACCUACCCCAACCUAAGAAUGAAAAGAGGACCUUGGAAUAGAGACUCCUAGUUAAAGGUAACCACAUUUGGCAAACAGAAGCAGUGUCAAGUGCAGUCCCCCAGGGAUCAGUCCUGGAGUCGGUUUUGUUCAAUGUCUUCAUCUUGGACCUGGAGGAUGGGAUGCAGUGCACCCUCAGCAAGAUUGCAGAUGACAUCAACCUGAGGGGAGUAGUAGAUAUGCUGGAGAGUAGGGCUAUAAUUCAGAGUGACCCAAACAUAUUGAAACAUUGGACCAGGAGGAGUCUCAUGAGGUUCAACAAGGACAAGUGCAAAGUCCUGCACUUAGGAAAGAGCAAUCCCAUGCAUCGGUACAGGCUGGGAGCCAACUGGCUGGGCAGCAACUACACAGAAAAGGACCUGGGGUUACUGUGGACAAGAAGGUGGGUAUGAGCCAGCAGUGCCCAUGUUGCCAAGAUGGCUAAUUGCAUCCUGGCCUGCAUUGGUAGGAGCGUUGCCAGCAGAUCAAGGGAAGUGAAUCUUCCCCUCAAUUCUGCACUGGUGAGGCCACAUCUGGAGUCUUGUGUCCAGAUUUAG